AUGCCAGAUUUAUUCGGUCUUCAUGACAAUGCAAAUAUAACGUUUGCGCAAAAUGAGACCUACCAAUUACUAGCUGAUUUGCUACUCCUCCAACCGAAUACAUCACUUUCCCAAGAAGGCGGUAAUUCUCGUGAAGCAAUCAUUGAGGAGGUUGCCACACAAAUCUUGGGCCAGUGUCCUCAAUCGCUGGAUGAAUCUGCUAUUAUUCGCAAACAUCCUAUUAUGUAUGAGCAAUCUAUGAACACGGUUCUGAUUCAAGAAGCCAUUAGAUUCAACAGUCUCUUGGAUAAAAUCCGCUCGACUCUUAAAGAACUUAUCAAAGCUAUUAAAGGUCUAGUUGUCAUGUCUGCACCCCUCGAAGCUAUGGCAACCUCCCUCUUCACUAACCAAGUUCCAGAAAUAUGGAACGCCAAAGCUUACCCUAGCUUGAAAGCCUUGGGUCCGUGGAUUAAAGAUCUUCGUGAAAGGAUAGCUUUCUUGAGAGCUUGGCAUGAGGUUGGAAUACCGCCCGUUAUUUGGAUUAGUGGGUUCUUCUUCCCACAGGCUUUUCUUACUGGCCAGUUGCAGAACUUUGCAAGAAAAUACUCAGUAGCCGUGGAUACCGUGAGCUUCAAUUUCAAAAUAAUGAAAGAAGACAUCGGAGUGUUGCGACAGGCACCCAAAGAUGGAUGUUAUAUCCAUGGCUUAUACUUAGAGGGAUGUCGUUGGAACCCAGAUGAAAUGUGCCUAAUGGAAUCUAGGCCCAAAGAGCUUUACAUCGAAAUGCCUAUAAUUUGGCUCAUUCCAGAAUCUAACAGACAGAAGGUUGAUGAUGGUGUGUAUGAUUGCCCAGUAUAUAAAACUCUAACUAGAUCG